AUGAGCUGGAAUGAGUUCACGAAGAGGCUCCAAAAAAACACCAAGGCCCCGAAGGAAGAUGUCCGACAGCUUGUGGACAUCCAGCUGGUGGAUAAUGGAUAUCUGCGGCUCUCUGCAGAGAUCCAUCUGGCGGAGACUCCUUGGGUAAGUGCGGUAUUGAGGAGGCUGCAGCGUCGAGAUGGCUUGAAGUGGCAUGAGGUUCAGGUUGGCUUCGAUGGGCUUACCAAGACGAAGAUUGCAUGUCUGCCAGAGCUUUUCCGGUUCGACAAGGCCAAGCAUCACGUGUUUUUUGCAGGGUCUCAACACACAGCUGGCGAUGGUGAUGACCACACCAUCGCCCCGCGCAAUGACGGCGGCGAGCAGGAUCACAGCAUUCAGGAUCAAAAUGAGGAGCAAGAGGAGCAGGAGCAGGAGGACGAGGAGGAGGAAAGGCAGAGCAAUGUGUGGGAGUCCGGGGACCGGCCCCGACAAGCUUGGGUUCACUGGGUUGCCUCAGAUCGCGGGCAGGCGGGCUUUCGCAAAAAGCUCAUGAAGUCAAAUGCAAACUCGCCAAAGGCGGACAUCUUGCAGUGGCUUUGGAACGAAAACCACCCGCCUGGCAUGUGGAACUCCUUGAGAAAAGCUGCGCAGACAAGGGAUUGGAAGAAGUUUGGACAAAUCAUCCGAAAAGAGUGGGUGGACAGAGGGGGUGAUGAGAAGACCUGCCAUUGCCUCCAAGGCAGCCAGCACUGCAUGCAAAUCUGGCGAGGGAUCGCCGAUGGCUACUAG